AGAAGGUUGGAGUUUGCGCUCUUCUGCUGAUAUCUGUAAACUACAUACAAACAAUGCCUCCUAAAAAGAAGGUAUCGGGUAAAAGGUCUGCCAAGGCUAAGCCUGCUGCACUCAUAGAUGGCCUCACCAAGGAGGAGCUUUCCAAAGAGCAGAUGAUUGAGCACAUUGUUGUCCUGCGAGAAGAGCUGGACAGAGAGCGGGAAGAGAGGAACUACUUCCAGCUAGAGCGAGAUAAGAUCCACUCCUUUUGGGAUGUGACAAAGAAGCACCUGGAGGAGGUCACUGCCCAGCUCAGAAACAUAGAAAAGAAGAUAGAGGAGGAUGAGGGGCGCCACCUGGUAGAAAUCAAGGUGUAUAAGCAGAAGAUGAAGCACCUGUUGUGUGAGCACCACAACAACAUCUCCGAGCUGAAAGCAGACAGUCUAGCGUCCAUUGAGGAGAUGCAAAAAGAACAAGCCCGACUGGAGAGCGACCUUCACAGGAGGAUGGCCGCCAUCAGGUUGGACACACAUGAGCUUGACAUCGAAUACCUCAUCGGCAACCUGGAGCAGGGACACAAUGAAGAAGUGAUGGAAACAAAAAAGAGCUUUGAGAAUAAACUAGCAGAAACGGAGGCCCAGUACAAGGAACAGCUGGAGCUGUUGCAACAGGAACUGGACAACAUGAGGAAAAAGGAAGUGAGCGAGCGAGAGCAUCAGUGCAACAGUCACAUCAGCGCUGUGAACAGAGACCACCACAGCAUAUUUGAUGACGCACGUGUUCUUCUGAAGAAAAACGUGGAGCAAGAUUUGGAUCUCACUGAGUCACUGAAGAAACAAAUAGAAGACCUGAAGACAAAACAAAAGGAAAAGGAGAAGAACCUGGCCAGGGUUGUACCAGAAAACAAGACCCUCACUAAGCUACUCUUUGAGGCCCAGGAGAAAAAUUCUGAGGUUCAGAGAAAAAUGAAGAACCCCAUAAGGAAAGAGGACCCCAUUGAAAAGAUCAAAGAAAAAGCGCUGCAUGAUCAGAAACUGAAAUUAGAGCAACUGCAGCAGAAAUUCAGCACGCUUCAGCAGGCGAGAGACGAGCUGCACAAGAGCCUGAGUCAGAAUGUUCAGCGCUUUCAACAGGAAGAUAACAAGAAGAACGUGAAGCUGGAGGAGAAAGUCAAAGACCUGACGGACAGCUUGGACGCGGCAGAAGUGAAGAUCUCCUCCGUAAUCUUGGUCUCCAACGUGGACCCAACUGCACUGAGCGAGGCCACAAAAAGAGUGGAGGACAUGAUAGACUCCAGCAAUAAGUCCAUUAAGGAUCUACAGCGUAAAAUCGAUCAAAUUUCCAAGGCUCGUCAGGAUUUACUGCUCAACUUUGAGACAAAGCAAUUGACUCUCGGUGUCCCUGUGGAGCAACUUUGUGUAACGUAUUCUUGAUUUUGCAAUCAAUUAUUGGCUGUGUGACAAGCCUCAAUUCACCAAAAGGCACAGUCUUGGCCUGCCGAUUUGCCUCUUGCUGACUUAAUAAGUUGAAUGUAACUACUAUAAUUCUUUGUUUCUUAUAAGUUAUUUGCUUUAAGUGCAAGCGUAUGCAGCGCUAAUUAAAAGGAGGCGCUAAUGAAGCAAUGUUAUUAUUGGCAAAAUACAUAGACCUUUAAUAUUAAUGAUUUGGGAUGCAGGAGAAAGUUGAAAGAUUCUCUAUGACCACAUUGACAAGUGUAUUGCAGCCACACAGCAAAUGUUGUAAUAUCGAUAAGGAGAAAACUACUCAACAUCAUUACCACUGAUGAGUAUAUUGCAAACUACAGUACAGUAAAUGUAACACGCAUGAGUGUCAAACCAACAGCUGAGUAGCAAAUUAAACAUGUGAAGCACAAACAAAAGAAGAUAAAGCCACUGUACUCGCAUCACUCAUGACACUUUUAAUGCAGCUACUGCCCUCUUGUGGAGCAGGUACAACUACGUCAGGAGGUUGCCUACAGCCGUAGCUGUAAAUGCCAUCGCUUUGUGGUGUGACUCAGUUAAAUCAAUUAGAAGAGGAAAUCAAAUUUAAUUUAAUUUAAAAAGAAAUACAAAAAACAUGUUUUUAAAUAGGUACAACAAGGAGGAGAUAAACAAUCUCCAGGGUGUAAUGCAUUUAUAUAAACUACAUUUGAUGAAAUGAUGAAUGGGUUUAUUAAUGUGAGUAUUCAUGGCUGUAAUUACAGGUGAAACUCAAAUAAUUAGAAUAUUGUGCAAAAGUU